AUGGUUAAGCUGAGCUAUGCAGGACGCAAGGUUCAGGGGCUGAAAUUGGGCCAGGCCGUUGCAAGAGAUUUGAGAAAGCGAAUCCCGCCGGGCAGUGGUGCCCGGGCUGCAGCAAGGGAUCCUACCAUCGAAUUGGACCUAACCGGAAAACUUCUGACCGACGACGGUCUUAAAGAAAUCAUUGACGCUCUUGUUAGCUGCAUUAAGUUCCAGGAUGAGAACUAUCCAAAUGGGGUUAUUAAGCUAACAGAACUAUCCCUUAAGGGGAAUGCUCUCACAACGACAGCCAUUGCAAGAUUGGCUAAAGUUGUGGAACUAAGCAAGUCCAGUUUGGUGAAGCUCGAUAUCUCUGAUAAUGGGAUUAGCAUUAUCAGCAAGACACAAAGAAGCAACUGGCGGAUUUUUUUGAAAUCGUUCGAGGAAUGCUACAUGCUAAAGAGCAUCGAUUUCAGCGGAAACAAAUUGGGCAGCGCGGGUUUUGAUGGUAUAUCCGAGGUCUUCCUCAAAAGCGAACUGUAUUUCAUUGUGCCGAGUCCAGCUAGAAUCCCUGAUGAGAAUGGGAAGUUGCACAGCGUCGGGGGUAAGUUGAAGUCGAUAUCAUUGAAUACGAACGGGAACGAUACUCUGCGCUUGCCAGCAGCAGGCGAAGCAAACUGUCGACAUGGAGACCCGCUAACCUCCGGAGUAAAAGCCGCGGAACCAAAAAAUGACGAAUUAUACGCAAGUACGAGAGGCCUUCGAUCGGUGCCAUAUUUGAACUUCGCGGGGUCUGGAAAUACCACUGCAUGUGCUUUUCACCUGUGGGGAAUGGCUAUGGUUCAUCUUGGACCUGAAGAGCUGCUUGAGCUUUUGCCGACAGGCAGAUCCAUGGUACCCCCAGGGGCUGUCCAACAUGGUAGUGGUAUAGUGUACGUGCCGAAUGAAUUUGGGCCACUCGGGCGCAGCUUACUAGCCACGGGAGAGCAAUUUGUUCGAGAACUCUCUAGAGUGGAUGACGAUAUUGAUUCUAUGACCCUUGGAGAAGACUUGGAUAGAGACGAGGUCGUCAAGGCUCGGCACACCUGCAAAAGAACUCAAGAGGAAAUGGAACGUAUCAAAUAUCGGGCAAUUCUCGAUGUCCUCACAACGGAGGGCGUACAAAGUGUGGAGCUGUGGAAUGUUGCGUUCAAAACGAUGAUCGUCGCCCGGGCUCUCCUUCUAGACGACGGAGAUAAACAGGGGUUGACCAAGGAAAGUAAUGUAACGGACAAGAUGGAUAAACCGGGCCAUAACGAUGACUCCCGUGGCAGUCCCGAACAAGCUCUAGGCCGUUGUUACCCUCAAUCAGACUCACCAUGGACCGACUUUGCACAGGAAUUUUCUUCCCUGCCUACAUCCCCCCGGAAACGAAACGAUGGGCCGGUCAAGAAUGGGAUAACGUCCCAGUCAACUUCCAAAAAAGAUAACCGCGGAUUCAAGGCGGGAUCGGGGCAUUUGAGGUCGCGAGCCUGCCCUUGUGCGGAGAUGUUGAAAAUGUCGCCACAAGCCAUUUCGAGACCGGCGCCUGGAGCAGUAUUUAAGCAGGUCGGUCGUUUCGGAUUGCCAAUGCGUCUAUGGACAAGAAUAAUCGUGGAGGCAAUGGACGAAAAUGAAGUCUUAAACCCCCAGCAACAAAUGCGUAUCAUUAGGUACGCGUGUGAUUGGAAUUCGGUCACACAAGAGCUUAAGAUCAAGGGAGGAACGGAGGCCGAGCAAAUCCGAAAGAUCCUUAACUCGAUGGAUUGUCUUAGUUAUUCGAAAUUUGAUUAAAUCCUGGAAAAAUAAAAUGAUAUUAAAGGGCGGUGCUUAUGAGUUCUUAAGGGUGUAAGUAGUUUAGCACAAGGCUUGAGCUUUAAACACAGACAGAAAAUGUAAGAGCUCUUAGGGUGCUCUAUGACGCUGACAGCAUACUCUUGCGCCACUCUGACUGACGGUGUCGCAUUUUGCUUUGUGCCUUGUUC